AUGUUGGAGGCCAAGAGUCUGAGCAAGGCGGUGGUGCCGUCCUCUCUCAUAGAGAAUCCUUCUCCUGGUAGCCUCCAGUCCACUCGCCUCGCUCUCCAUGUUAGCGAGGACUGCUCUUCUUGUUGGGUCUACAUCGCCUCCGGUUGCCGGAUUUACAAACUCCAGAUUCCAUUGGAAGAUUCUCUGAUCAGCGAAGGAAAAGAAAGCCUUCUGAUCCCAGUACACACUGAGGUUAUGAACUCUUUGAUGGUUAACCGCUGCCCUCAUCGUUCAGAAAUUCAGAGUAUAGUUCUUGCUGAAACUGAAAGCACGGGCUAUUCAGUGUUGGGAACUGUUGAUUCUUAUGGUCAUCUUAUUGUAUCUAAACUAGAUACUACUGGUAGAGAUGUAGAGAGGCUUACUUAUUCAGUAUUGCCUCGUGAUUGUGGCAUUGGAGAAGGUGGUUGGGCGGGGCUUUGCUUCAGUCCAACACAAUGGUCUACGGCAGCUGUUGCACGUAGCUUCUGCAAAACCAUUGAUGUUUAUGACCAGGACAUCCAUGUCAGGACAUUAUGUACACUCUGGUACCCAUCAUCACUGAACUUCACAAAAAGUUCGCAUUAUGGGAAUGAGGGCUCUAUAUUAGCAAUCACAGAAGGUUCCCAGCUGACUAUAUGGGACUUGAGAAUGAAAGAAAAUGGUGGCUGUCUACAACGAAUAUGUGGUUCCCUUGGUGAUGCGUUUUAUGCUGUCUGCAGUUCUUCAACCGGGAAUAUUGCAGUCGGUGGAGCUGAUCGUACAGUGACAAUCUAUGAUCCUCGCAGAUGGUCAGCAUUAUCAAGAUGGGUGCACUGCUCGAAAUAUGAGAUAACGGGGCUUGCAUUCUCUUCAGUUGACUCCGACUAUAUCUACAUACAAGGGGUUGACUAUGAGGUCUUUUGUGGACAGUGGAAAGAAAGCAGCAAGGUAUUUUCAUUUAGAGGAGACUCAAACUGGCUUGGAUUUAGCAAGUGCCAAAACAAAGAUGUUCUAGGUGGAUGGUGCGACUCGGGGAGUAUCUUUGUGGCCGAUGUUGUAGCGAAAGAAAGCAAAACAAGCAUGCUGCAAGGUUUUGCCAAUGGAUCUCCCUAA